AUGGUAGAAGCACCAAAAGAGGAGUUGAAGUUAGAACAGAUACCUGUGAGGGAAUAUCCAAAGGUUUUCCCAAAAGAUUUAUCUGGACUCCCGCCCGAGCGGGAAGUAGAGUUUGCUAUUGAACUAGUUCCAGGGUCGAAAGAUGGCAUUUCAGUGGACCCAGGAAAAGUGGAAGCAUUGGUUAAUUGGUCGGCACCAAAGAAUAUUCAUGAGGUUAGAAGUUUCUUGAGAUUGACAGGUUAUUACCGUCGAUUCAUUGAUGGUUUCUCCAGGAUAGUUGUUCUUCUCAUAGCACUUACCAGAAUAAAUAAUAAGUUUGUAUGGACAACAAAGUGUGAAGAAAGUUUCUACGAGCUGAAAUGGAGAUUAGUGACAGCUUUGGUGUUAAGAGUCCCCAUAGCUAGAGGUGGAUUUGUAGUUUAUAACGAUGCAUCAAGGCUUGGAUUGGGGUGCGUACAGAUGCAACAUGGGAAGGUUAUAGCAUAUGCCUCACGCCAACUGAAAGCGUGGUUGGUGAAGCUGGUGGAAAAAGUCGAGAAUGAGGACAAAUCUGACUUUAGCGUUUCUGAGGAUGGAGUUUUAAGGUUUAGAGGUAGAUUGUGCGUGCCAGCUAAUGAAGAGCUGAAAAGGGUAAUUCUUGAAGAAGCACAUCGUUCUUUAUACACAGUUCACCCAGGGAGUACCAAAAUGUAUGGGGACUUGAGAGAGUCUUUGUGGUGGAAUGGCCUACCAAGGACAUUGAGCGGACAAGAUGCUAUAUGGGUGAUCGUGGAUCGCUUAACGAAAAUUGCUCGUUUUGUGUCCAUUAAAGUUUCUUAUAAACUGGAGAAACUAGCUGAGCUGUAUGUGCGGGAGAUAGUGAGAUUGCAUGGGGUGCUGGUAUCCAUUGUGCUGGAUAGAGACCCUCGUCUCACUUCCAAGUUCGGGAGAAGCUUAUAG